GCUGCCCAGGGCUUAAUUAGGUAGGAGGUGCCUGAGCGCCGGCGGCGGCCGGAAGUAGCCGAAGCCAGCGGCGGAAGUAGCCGAAGCGGUCGGAGCGGGCGGGCGGCAAGGCAAGGCGAGAGCUGCACAGGGCCCUACGCGGCCGCCUCAGCAUGUCGGACUUCGACGAGUUCGAGCGGCAGCUCAACGAGAAUAAACAAGAGCGAGACAAGGAGAACCGGCACCGCAAGCGCAGCCACAGCCGUUCUCGAAGCCGGGACCGCAAACGCCGGAGUCGGAGCCGGGACCGGCGCAAUCGAGACCAGCGGAGCACCUCCCGGGACAGGCGGCGACGAAGCAAACCUUUGACCAGAGGCGCUAAAGAGGAGCACGGUGGAUUGAUUCGUUCCCCCCGCCAUGAGAAGAAGAAGAAGGUCCGUAAAUACUGGGACGUGCCACCACCUGGCUUUGAACACAUUACUCCGAUGCAAUACAAGGCCAUGCAAGCUGCUGGUCAGAUUCCAGCUACUGCCCUCCUCCCCACAAUGACCCCUGAUGGUCUGGCUGUGACCCCGACGCCGGUGCCCGUGGUCGGGAGCCAGAUGACCAGACAGGCUCGGCGCCUCUACGUGGGCAACAUUCCUUUUGGCAUCACUGAGGAGGCUAUGAUGGAUUUCUUCAAUGCCCAGAUGCGCUUGGGGGGGCUGACCCAGGCCCCUGGCAACCCCGUCUUGGCUGUGCAGAUUAACCAAGACAAGAAUUUUGCCUUUUUGGAGUUCCGCUCAGUGGACGAGACUACCCAGGCCAUGGCCUUCGAUGGCAUCAUCUUCCAGGGCCAGUCACUGAAGAUCCGCAGGCCUCACGACUACCAGCCACUGCCUGGCAUGUCGGAGAACCCCUCUGUCUAUGUGCCUGGAGUUGUGUCCACUGUGGUCCCUGACUCUGCCCACAAGCUGUUCAUUGGGGGCUUACCCAACUACCUGAAUGAUGACCAGGUAAAAGAGCUGCUGACAUCGUUUGGGCCUCUCAAGGCCUUCAACCUGGUCAAGGACAGUGCCACAGGGCUCUCCAAGGGCUACGCCUUCUGUGAGUACGUGGACAUCAACGUCACAGAUCAGGCUAUCGCAGGGCUGAAUGGGAUGCAGCUGGGGGAUAAGAAGCUGCUUGUCCAGAGGGCGAGUGUGGGAGCCAAGAAUGCCACGCUGGUGAGCCCCCCGAGCACCAUCAACCAGACACCUGUGACCCUGCAAGUACCAGGCCUGAUGAGCUCCCAGGUGCAGAUGGGCGGCCACCCGACUGAGGUCCUGUGCCUCAUGAACAUGGUGCUGCCUGAGGAGCUGCUGGACGACGAGGAGUACGAGGAGAUUGUGGAGGAUGUGCGUGACGAGUGCAGCAAGUACGGGCUUGUCAAGUCCAUUGAGAUCCCCCGGCCUGUGGAUGGCGUUGAGGUGCCCGGCUGUGGAAAGAUCUUUGUGGAGUUCACUUCUGUGUUUGACUGCCAGAAAGCCAUGCAGGGCCUGACAGGCCGCAAGUUCGCCAACAGAGUGGUUGUCACAAAAUACUGUGACCCCGACUCUUACCACCGCCGGGACUUCUGGUAGAGGCGGGUGGGGGAGGGUGGGGGCAGGGAUGGCUGGGGGCUUCUCCCCCCACCCUCCUCCCCCUUUUCCCCCUCUGAAGACGAUGGGCAGAGGAGUGACAGCCGAAUGACAGCCGGCAGCAACUGGAAUGGCAGCAAUUAAGG